GAUUGGCAAGGGCGCGACUGGGGCGGGCAGUUUCACGCCGCCGUGGCUGGCUACGUGGACCUUGGUGCAGCUGACUUUAUCGUCCCAGCGAUGGCGGUGGAGUCUGGCAAGAUAGUCGUUCUGAGCCCAGUGCGUCCAGAGAAAUAUUCUGGCGCGCUGAAUGUCAUGAGGCGGGUGCUGCGCGCAUUUGGCGGCGUUGCGAACAACGCCGGGUGGUCGCUGCACAGCCCCAGGUUUUUCUUCCCGACGUUUGCCGGCCAGCUUCGCUUGCAAAUGGAAGAACGCCGGACAUUGGGCAGGUGGGGCCCAGGCUCGGGCAUGCCCGUGCGCUACGAUCGCGCGCGCUGUGUAACUGAAUUGCUCCUCAAGUAUGAUAUAGUAGGGCGUGUCCGAGAUGGGUUCACGCCGGCGCGGGAUUUUGAAGUCCCGGAGUCGCGCGCCCCCUCGGCUGCGGCUGCGGCGCCUGCGGUAACGCAGGCGUUAACAGCGGGCCGCGCCACGCCAGACGAAGAUAUGGUGCUGAACGGGAGCAGCAUGAUGAUGCACCGUCAGUCCGAAGACGAGCCGCGCCGCACGCGCUGCUCUUUUUGGUGGGCGCAGUCGCGGGCGCCAGUAGAGGCGAUUAGAGGCGCGCCUGGCGAUUACGUAGACAUAUUCGUCAGGUGCGAGCGCUGA